CGUGAUAAAAGCAACUACCUGUUGCACGAGUGUUGUUUAGUUGUUAAAAUCAAGGAACUUCUACAAAAGACACCGCGUAGAACGUAAAAUUAAUGCGUGGGUAAAAUAUUUCGUGUUUAGUUGUAAGAUUCCUAGUAAAACAAAAGCUUCAUAAAUGCACAUAAGUCGUUAGAACUGUAACGACAAGGUUUUAAUGCUUAAAUAGUUAUUUUCACAGAAUUCACUCGGCUUAAUCUAACUAUAAAACAUAUUAAAUUCUGUGUAUAAUAGAACGUUUUUUUACGAUGGCAAGAUAUGGGUCUGUGAUUGAUCCAAUGCUUCAUUUGGGUGCCGCAGAGGGAAUGCUAAAAAGUCGCCCAUCAGCUACAAGUAGCUCCACAGACUGCGGUAUAAGUCCUGUCACACCCGCGACAACUAGGUUGGCUGUCGGACACUGCUACAGUUCCAAAGCCUGCGAUGACGGGGUUCCUAUCUGGACCUCGUCUUUCGGGUCUACUCUUCCAUUACCAUUCUGCGGACUCAAAGGUUUGACUGAGGACGGUUUCAACGUAGGAAGAAGAAGACUUAUUCAAGAAACUACAAGUAGCAUCUCGUCCAUUGACGGUUCUAUAGGGGUUGAAGUUAACGGCACUUGCGAGUCUAACUCUUCGCUAGCAACCACUACACGAGAUGGUAGUGGAUGUCUAGAGUUCAACUCUUACAAAGAUGCCAAUAACACAUCAUAUACUGAAACUGGCCAGAACAUGUUAACCGUCCAUAAGUAUUCACAGCAAGUGAAACCUGGCCGUAGCCAAGAACAGAGGAUUCGACGACCGAUGAACGCUUUCAUGGUGUGGGCCAAAUCAGAACGCAAACGUCUGGCCGACGAGAAUCCCGACUUGCACAAUGCAGACUUAAGUAAGAUGUUAGGAAAGAAAUGGCGCAAUCUAACACCCCAGGAAAGAAGACCAUUCGUGGAAGAAUCAGAACGUUUACGUGUUCAACACAUGCAUGAUUUCCCAAACUACAAAUAUCGGCCGCGUCGACGGAAACAGCAUUCUAAACGUGGAGCUAGAAAAGGAACCAACCCUCUUUUAUCAGUUCAGAGUCCAUCCAUAUUGGGGGCAUCAAGCUGCCAAAAUACUUAUCCUUUAUACUAUCCUGCUACCACUGGUCUAACCGCUGUCUCAAUAGGGUCCCGUCCCCCAACAACCAAUGAAUUAGACGGUGUGCAGACUCCCGAUUCCUCCCCUCGUGGAAGUCCUUGUUCCGAAAUUCCAAGUCGUAGAGUUGGCAUCAAAGUUAACACUGAUUCGUCCAAUAAAAGCAGUGUAGGUCUUGAUACUAUCCGCUCUUUACCAACACCAGAAAUGUCUCCUGUCGAAAUGGAAGUCGAUAAUUUUGCUUUUCAUUAUGCCCUGAAGGAGCAGCUUAAGAAGAGGAACCCAGUUGGUCAGCUAAUGGCCAAAUUUAGUGACUCCUCCUCUUUUUUACACGAAAUUAAACCUCCUUUUCAAAACCGAGUUUGCGAAGGAGGAGAGCUAGAUAUGACAUGCCCCACUUCUAAUCUUUCUGCUGUUAUAAUGGAAAACUCUAAUUAUUGUAACGCAGUUACUCAGCAAUCAGCUCAACAAGGUUUUUAUUCAUUUUCUGCAAGAAGUCCGUCUUCUUCAAUGAUCAAGUUGUCUCAAGACACACAUCGUCCAUCGUGUGCACUGGAGCGUCAAACCAGUUUCCUUUCCAUGUGCAACCAAGGACCUUAUUCCACAUUUGAGAAUGUUUCGUUGCAACAAGGGCAAGCUUUGGAUUCCCGACCAAAGACUUCAUCACCACGAUUUCCUCGAUACUCUGUACCCAUCGGCGGCUACUCCUCUCGACAAGAUUGCAUAGAUUCGGGUAUAAUAGAUAUGGAUACAGGAUUAAAAGACAACCUGAUGUCGUCUUAUCCGGAUAUCGGUUCUUCGGGUUCGACGUUAUAUCCAACUGAGUACCAUGGGACAUAUGAUUAUAAUCUCGAUUUCAAUUUUCAACGAUCCUAUGAUAGCCAGACGUCUCCAAACUUCACCAAUCCAGAUUCUCAGCCGGAUUCCUUCAGUGGUAGUUACAGAGUGGAUGACCGUCUGCCUCCCAGCAGAGAUCCUUGCUCCAUGCAUCCAGGGUCCGAUAUCAAUUCUUCUCAACAGGACAGUGUAGACGAUACCUGUGGAGUUAUUGCAGCUUUGAAGGAAACUCGACAAAUAUUCUCUUGAAACUCGCAGCCAGUUUGUAUUAAGAAAAAAAAAUAGUAUCUCUCCAGCAUGAUACUAAUACAUUUUCCAUCUUGUGACUCCUAAAGUACCAAUUGACUAAAUUAAAAGAACAGCUAAAACCCCAACUGUUAGCUGUAAAUUAAAAAAAAGAGUGCCUUAUAUAUUCCUUCCAUAGGACAUAAAGCUGAAAUCAUAUGAGAUCAGAUUGCAAAUUCGUAAUUAAAUUUGUCAUGUGCCUUUAAUAAAGCGAUAAUUUAAUAAUAAAGAAACUUGACAAUUUGUGUUCGUUUAAAAACCCAAAAAAAGGUGUGUAAUAUGGAAAAUCAAUUUUAACUGUAUAGUAGACUCCAAAUUAGCCGAUCAUUUGGAAUGUUUAUUAUAGUUUUAAUGAGCAAUAAUUACUUAAAAAUUAUUAGUAUGUUAAAGUACAUCCAAAUGAAUAAAAAGUAAUUUCAUAUUGGUUUUGAAUUAAGACUAGAUUUUAGUAACGAUUAAUGGGGUUGCCUAGUCAGUUCCUCAAAGUAAAAUAACGUGUUUUAAGCAACAAAAAGGCAAAGGAAUUGACCAUAAACUCAAAUGACAAUAAUACCUAAUUUAGUGAUAUUUCAUAUUUUGUUGUGUUCCAUAUGUAUACAAAAUCUAACGUCUUUCUUCCAAUAUAACCAUGUUAAAGGUAUUGGUUUUAUCUUGAAGCUCCUAAGGAUUUUUAUUUUUUGUUUUAGUCUUUAGAAUGUCCUCAACCUAUCAAAGUUAUUAAAGUUUUAAGGGGUCACUUUUGAAACAUAAACUAUUUGGAUGAAAAUGUUCUAGUAUAUGCGAUAAAUUUUAUUAUUAUUUUUGAGGAAAAUUUGUUUCUGUAAAUAUAUACACUAAAGUAUAUUUACCCUAAUAUAGUUGAUAUUUACGAGUCCACAUUAAAAGCUUCAAAAAAUUAUAAUCUUUUAUUUUGCACAACUAGAUACAAAUGUUUUUAGAGUUAAAGCAAACCAAAUCACCGGAGUGUAAUGCAAAUGAAUUAAGAAGGUCAUGAAAUGUGUUUAACAUAAACCUUGCUUGAAAUAAGAAGUUUUUAGCUUAAGGCAUGCUAAAUAUAUGACAUGUUUAACGAAAAUCAUGUUUAAGAUAAAGUAUGCUUGUUAUAAGACACAAAAAAUUCUGCAUAAAAACAGGAAAUAUAAUAGAUAAUCAACACAAAAUUUAUUACCCUAACACGGGCUUAUCAUAAGUCAUGAUUAACAGAAUGCUUGUUUGACUUAAACCGUUUUUAGAAGUGGCAUGUUUAACAUGAGAAUUGUUAACGAAAGGAGUGUUUACAUAAGAGAAUUUUAUCCAUCGUUUAACAUAAAACAUUCUUAAUAUAAACCAUGCUGAACACAAGGUAUAUUUAACAAGACCUGUCUUAUAUUAAGACAUUUAUCGAAAGACUUCUUUAUCAUAAGACAUGUUUACCUAGGUGGCGCAUGAAUACUUUGUUUGGGUAGGUUAUUCUGUCACGUGUGGAGGUCAUACAGUUGGGAAGAAUCAAUUCGGGCUACUAAAUAAAUAAACUCUCUUCAAUUCACUCAUACAACCUCUUCAGCUUUCUCUGUCUCUCUCUCAACUUAUACUAUAUAACAUUUAUGAGUUGGUGAGAAUAAUGCCCUGUAAGGAAAAUUUUUCUGGGGAAACUAAGCCUUUUGUACGUGCUACAAGCUUGUUGAUAUGUUUGUUUAUCAAAAUCUUAAAACUUUCCCGAUCGUGAUAUAUAUAUAUAUAUACACACACAUAUAUAAAAUUAGCAGUGAAAACAUGUAGUAUUGUGUACAGCAAGUUAACACUGAAUACAUGUGAACAGAAAGAAGAAGAAAGAUCAUCAAAACUUCAUCAGACCUGCCUAAUAUUUACCUUACGAAAUGUGUUUAAUUUGGGCGAACUUAUAUUUUGUGAAUUGAAAUAUAUUGAUAGGUGGCGCUUAUGAAUCCCUAAAUAGGUCUUACUUCGAAAAGUUAUUCUGCACCAUUAAACAUUUUUUUUGCUGUCAAGUAAUGGUACCAAACUGAUUUCAAAAAUCAGUUUGCUUUUUAUUUUCAUUGUGUACUCUCCGCCAAAAUGUACGCGUGCAUAAUCAUAACGUAAAAAAAAACGGAUAAUUGCUAAAUUACCACAAAUCAAACUGUAAAUGUAAAGUUCAAUUUCUUUCUUAAAUAAUUCUUUAGCCAAAUAUGUUUUACUGGAAUCCUUCAGUUUUAUCAGAAACGUAAAACUGAAUGUUGUACAAGUCGAAUUGUAACUAAGUUUAUGGAGUCAUAAAAACCCUCUCAUAACUUAUGUUAUCGUCCAAAAAAGUACUAAAAAGCGGUAAUACACUCAAUAUUUUUCUCUCUUCCAAUAUAUAUUUUAAGUGUUGAUACGGGGGUGUAUAGAAAUUAACGAUAUUUUAUUCCCUGCAGGCCAGUCAUAUCGGAUAUAGAG